AUGGCUUGGAACCGGAACGGCGGCGCACCGAACGCCGGAGGGCUGCCGCCACGGCCACCACCAAUUCUCCGAGCAGCGCACGUCUGCCCACAUUGCGGCACGCAGUGUGCAACGGCCCGCUCCCUUGCUCUCCACAUAUUGUGGCACAGCACCAGGACGCAGCCUGGAGCGCCACGGAGGACUGCAAACCCUAUGGCGCGUCCGCCCGUGGUGCCGCUCCCAGCUGCGGCACCAAGACCUGUCCCUGCAGUCCCGCCCGUAGCGCCGCCAGUCCCUGUCGAGCCGCUUGCCGUGGUGCCACCCACACCUGCGGCGCCAGCACUUGCGGCGGCUCCAGCUGUGCAUGGCGGCGCCCGUAGCACGGUGCGUCGGCUUACACCCAACUCUGAGUUUUGGAAGGAGUACCGCAGUGGAGGAGACCCCCCGGCCGAGAUAGAUUUUCUGGGGCAGUGGGAGUCGUCCAGCACCACCGCGCAGCCGCUGGCGGACGGCACCGACGAGGAGACCGAUGGCUCGGCGAGCACCUUGGCUUGA